AGCAGCAUGAAGAGUGAAACUUUUCUCGUGUUGUGUCUUUUUUGUCACGCAGUAUCUGGGGCAGUGUUCCUGAGGAGAAAUGAUGCUAACUCUGUGUUGAGGCGCUUCAGGCGCGCGAACUCGGGCUUACUGGAGGAGCUGAAGAAGGGAAACCUGGAGCGCGAGUGCGUCGAGGAGAUCUGUGACUAUGAGGAAGCGCGCGAGGUGUUCGAGGACGAGGCUAUAACGAAACAAUUUUGGAUAUCAUACCAUGCUCGUGAGCCCUGCUUGACCAAUCCUUGCAAAAACAAUGGGACUUGCAUAUAUUUGGGACACUCCUACAUCUGCCAAUGCUCUGAAGGCUUUGAGGGCAAAUAUUGCCAAGAAGCAUUUGAGGAUACUCUGAAGUGUCUGUAUCUGAACGGUGGCUGUGAGCAAUUCUGUGACGGUUCAGCGUGGAAGAGAAAGUGCGCAUGUGCCCCGGGUUAUGCCCUUGGAGAGGACAAGAAGUCCUGCAUUGCUCAAGUCCAGUACCCAUGUGGUAAGGCGCCACUUGAGAUAACGCAGACUGUUUUACCACGGGCUGUGGGUGGAAAUCAAUGCCCGAAAGGCCACUGCCCUUGGCAGGUCCUCUUGAAAUAUGAUGGACAGAGUCUCUGUGGAGGAGUUUUAUUGGAUACGAACUGGAUUCUUACAGCUGCUCACUGUGUCGCUAAGAAAGAUAUCAAAAAGCUGAAGGUUAUAGCAGGUGACCAUAAUAUCGACCAGGUGGAAGGCACUGAGCAAACGUUUUCUGUAUCGCACGUAAUUAUCCACGAGAGCUACGAUCCCGCAUCAGCAGACAGCGACUUGGCUCUUUUGCGGCUCAGCGAGCCAGCUACGCUAUCGAAUCACACCAUUCCUAUCUGUCUGCCAACGUCGGAGUUUGCCAGAAUGGAGCUGGAGGCUGUUCGCUUCCAUACCGUUAGCGGAUGGGGCCAGCACACCGUAGGAGGCAACGUGCGAACCUCUCAGUCCGUCAAAAGCAUAGCCCCUGUACUCCGUACGCUCGCUGUCCCGUUCCUGCCUAAACCGGAAUGUUCUAUUAAGAGUGGGGUUAAUAUCACUGAUAAUAUGCUCUGCGCUGGUUACUUUGAGGGCAGCCAGGAGUCGUGUCGAGGAGAUGACGGCAGUCCCCUGACUACUCAGUACAAGGACACACAUUUCCUGACUGGGAUAGUGUCAUGGGGCAAAGGAUGUGCCCAUCCAGGCUUCUACGCCAUAUAUACCAAGGUUGCUAACUUCCUGGAUUGGCUUCAGCGUGGCAUGGCUACACCGAUCGCCCACCCAGAUGCCUUCAACACGUCACGUGCUUCAGUCAUGACUACACCUCCUGCUGAGCAGUUCACCUGGAACUGAGUUCAGCUCGUUUAAGAUAAGAGUACAUCUAAUCAGAUUCUGAUCUCGUUUUCCGAAAUAAAGAGAUUAAAUUCAUCAUCAA